AUGCACUCCGGGCCUUUGGCUGAAACUGGCGCAAGCGUGGCAUCAAUCAUGGAAGUGUCAGCCGAGGGUCCUCAGAAAGAAGAGGAGUUUUUUAUACCUCCAGCACAACCAGGAGGGCUGCUUGAGCCAAGUGACUUUGCAGUGAAAUGUGCGCAGCUGUGGCUGGAGCAUUUUGGACGCCGCUUCCGGCAAACCUAUCGUGCGAAGAAUCCAGAGGCACCCAGGUCCCAAGGUUCCCAGGACGCCAAGCAUCGCCCCGGUACCUUGGCAUCCAUUGCUGCUGGGCAGGGCGCAGCCACGGCAGCCAUUGUUUCUGCUGCCAAACGUGCGGGGAGCAGGAGGGAAGCUCUGGACGAGGAGGAUGGCCUCGCGAAUUUCGAAAAGCGCACGGCUGAUGUCAUUGUUCUGCACCGGCUGUCAGACAUUGACACAGUUUGUCAUGAUCAGCUGGUGCUGGGCCCAGCCUUGGCUCUUGUCCACUGCUAUGGUCUUGGGAAGAUUCUGACAGACAAGCAGGAUAUGGUCGCAUUCAUGGACAAGCCUGCAGCCGCACAGGAGCAUCCGAUGCUGUGCUUUGCCGCCUCUGCCCGCAGUAAAUUGCUGGGUAUUCAGCUUCACAGUGAGUUGCCGCAGCUCCUUGCUUGCAUAAGGUGCCGUUUCUUUCAUGAGGCUCUGCAGGACAGUCCCGCGAAGACCUUGACUUUCCCUAACUUCUGGGUGGAGUCUGCCAAGAAGGCCAUGGCCUGGGCACGCAGGGAUCAAGUCCUUCAGGUCGGCGGGGCACCGUCCGAGAGCGAGAAGGCAGUGAAGCAUCGUCUUCGAACUGCUACCGAGCAGUUCAAGACUGCCAUUGGGUGCACCAAUUAUGUCAUCCUUCAGUUGCAGACCAAAGACAACGUUGCGGAUGCGAUCUCUCGUGGAGACUUGCUUCUUGAGGAGCUGGGUGAGGAGGGCGACACUGUCUAUGUGGUUUCCUCCUGGUUCUCGCUGUUUCAAGAAAUGCCAUUCCAGAACAAGUCCAAGUGGAUGUUGACCAUUGA